AUGUCUUCUACGAAACGAAUUACCAUGCCACGACGCACACAGGAAUUCGAUAUACCGGCUCCACAAUCAUCGGUGAAAAAGCCACAAUCUCGAGUAAGCCGAAUUGCACAACCUGUUCGUAAGUCAAGCAAACUGUCCGGUUUGGGGCAGUUUGGCGAAAAUGGCCGUUCUCGAUCGGUAGAACGCGGGCUUAAUGUGCCACCGACGGGAGGACCAUCGACGGCUACGAAAAAAUCCCUUAAUCCUCGCAGCAGCAGUGCUACCCCACAAUUGCGAACACCGUUGCGAAAUAUGGGACAUUAUGUGUUAAAUGCAGAAAAUAUCCCUUCCUUCUCAAUCCCUUCGACGGUGGAACGCGAACGAUGCCCGGUAGAUGCGCGUCAAAUAUUCGAUUACCUUUCGCAGACGAACGUACCCGACCUGCCAAAAGAGUUUAUCGAACGAGCCAACAUAAAGGCAAUGUCCAUGAAACAGUUUCUCAUAAUCAUUGCCCAUCUGCUGCGUCAGAUUGGUGGCAGUCGGUAUAAAAUCGGGGCCAAUUUUAUCGACGAUAUUAUGAAAGCCAUAACCGAGCUGCAGUGUCCCUUCACGGUGAACAAAUCAAUGCUGAAAACACCGAGUGCACCACACUCAAUUCAGCAGGUGGUAACGAUGCUUUCCUGGCUGAUACAACUCGCCGCACCAGCUCUAUCGUCCGAGUGGGCACCGAACUAUGAUCACGCGUCCGAAUUUCCCUCCCCAGAAUAUACGCAGUUUUUCUUCCAAUCAGCCAUCGAAAGUUUCCAUCUGUGGAACCUGAAGCGGGAGGAAGAAUUUGGGGCCCAGGUAGAAGCGAUGGUUGACCGAUUGGUGGCGGACAAAACCGGUGGAUUGUCACAAGAACAGGUGCGUGUAAGGACGGAAGAAAUUCGGAAGCAGCUUGAAGCAAUCGAUUCUGAUCGAUCCCAGGGAAAGACUCGCGAACAAAGCUUCGACGGUGUCCAACGGGAGGUACUUGAGAAGCAACGUCUCGUAAAACAGCUUACGGAGGAAACGAAACGGUUGUCGAAAGAAUACGAGCAUCUCGAACAGGAAUACUACCAGCGGCAGGAUCAGUACUAUGAUUGCGAGAACGCUAUCCGCAAAGUGAAGGAACAGCUGGCACAUCAGCAGAUGACGACCAGGGAAAGGGACGAUAUGCGGACAUUAAUCGCGCAAGGCAGAAACCUUAUUGCUGCCAAACGUAAUGCAAUUGCAUCUCUGGACGAAGAAUCUUCCGAUCAUCAGAUAACCUUGUCCCGGCUGAUCAAGCAAAAGAUUAACAUCGCUUCCGAGCUGAACACUAAGCUGUACAACUUUUCUAACGCCGUAAAACCAGACAUCCAGUUUACACCGAUCGAGAUAAGCCUUACGUCUGGUAACUAUGUCGAACUGGAACAAACACUACACUCACUCGAACAGGACCUAACGGACGUGUUCCAUCAGUAUCGAGAUCUACAUCUACGGCUCACCCAACAAAAACUACACCUCGAGCAACAGGUGUCCGAUGUGCAGCUGACAAUCUCACCGCUAGAAUCUAAAAUAGCAGAACAAACCAAAAGGCUUAAGGAGCUUCAACAGCAGCGCGAAACGAUCGCACGUGAGCUCGUUGCUUUAGCACAGCGGGUUAACGAACGCGAGACGCAUCAGCAGCAGGCAAAGAAACUAGAUCUAUGCGUGGAUCAGGUACGGAAACAGCUAGAAAGCAAUCGGAAUGCGAUCGAAAAACUAACACACGAUAAGCAACAACUUAUGGAGGAAGGACUAGAACGAUGCCGCCAGUCGCUCGAUGAAAGACGGCGAAAGGUGGCCAUGUUCCAGACGCACGUUGAAGGUUGCGAGGCCAUCAUGAAGGAACUAAUGGAGGUUUGCUUCAAGGAUACAGAGAGCCGAAACAAGUCCGUUUAG